UGGUUAAUACGUUUUUCGUGGAAAUGAAGUUUAAUGACAUGUACUGUUUAGCAUUAAAGUGGAUAAUUUUAGAAAUAUCGGAUAAAAUAUAUGUUUACUUGUAUCGGGGAUGUAAUCUAUGUAAACGACACUGUUGAUAAAGCAAAACUAGACAAACGAUUUAACGAAGAAAUACAUUCGCAGUGUGCCUUGUGGGCUGUCUAUUUUAAACGGAUUAUUUAGCUAUGUGAUAACACGGAAUGUAACACAUCUACACUCAUGGACGUCAAUAUACAAUCAAAACUAAUUAAGGUUACAUAUGAUAUACCAUAAGUUAUUCGACAAAUUACAACUCAGACGUUAUUGAUUUUAGUGAAAUAUGUCAAACAACUGUUGCGAAAGUUGUUGUUCAUCUGCGGAAGAUACAGAGACGUUUACUCAAAACUGUAAUAAAGAUGAAAGACAAACCAUUACACAACAGCCGAAGCCCCAGAAAUACACCAACGGGACAAACGAGCCCAGAGAACAGGAAAUGCGUGAUCUUAGAAGGGGUGAGAAUGGUAUAUUAACUCCGCAGCAGUUACAAGAUCUUCGAUCGAGAUUGAACCAACAAGAAGAAAGAUAUAAGAAAGACAUUGACAGGCGUGAUUCAGAAAUAAACGAACUUAAAAAGGAAAUCGACAGUCUUAAAAACAAAAAUAAUGAGCUUCUUACAAGAUUAAGUGCAACAGCAAGCGCCAAACUUACUGAUGAUAAUCCAAACAUAGCAGAUCUGAGCGACAUAAACCGUCCAACAAAAUUAUCAGAGCAAUUUUCAGAGUUAUAUGAUAAUGAGUGGACCGAUGCAUUUGAAGCACUUACGAAUACAAAGAAAGGAAACAAACCGGAAGAAGAGGCAUGCAAGCUCCUGCUUGGUGUCAUGACGACAAUAUAUUCAAAAUGCUAUGAAAAGUCAAAGGACGGUCUUCAUGAAUUGACAAAAGCGCUAUCAUCUUUUAACGGGAUGGAAGUUCCUUCCAAAGUAGUUCUGAAGGCAGUGAAAGAUGACAGAAAAAAGAAUUACAGCUAUACGAUCACUAAACUUAGGGAGGAGGUAAAGCCUUCAUUACAAAGCAUAAUCACAGAGAAUGAUACGUGUUUCAUCGAAAAUUACAUAGACAAAUGCAUAACAUUGUGUUGGCUUAUGGCCAUUCAGGAUCCUCCCGUGUAUAUUGAUGUCGAAACGCAGCGGCAUGAUGCAAAACUAGAUACAGAAAGAUACAAACAUUAUACCCAGUCUGGAACAGCCGUCGAUUACAUAGUUUGGCCUGUAUUAUAUCUACAUGAAGGAGGACAUAUACUGUGCAAAGGUAUUGCACAGGGAAAGAAGAGUGAACCUGACUUUGAUGCAAAUCCUGGUCUAGGAACAAAUACCAUUAUUAUACAUUUUUGAAACUUUUGUAGGCAAUUUACGAAUCGCAAAGUGUACACCAGUGUCCAUACUGAUGUUAUCUAUCAGAAUAUAUGGACGCAGAUUAAUCAAUAUUGAAACAGAUUCAAUAACAUUGUAAGAUACAAAUGCUAAAUUUGUAGAGUUGUCUUGUAUUAUAACUGUAUGAGGGAGAAAGCAUCUUGAACAUUGAGAUUUAUAGAAGGGUCUAAAUAUGCAAUAUAUAUAAUAUGUUUAUAUAUUUACUCUAACAAUCUGAUAAGCAGAAAAGGUAUAUUUAAUAUUUUCAUAUUUUAUAAGCAUUUUAUCCUAACGCAUCAUAAUACUGCAUCAUUUAAGUCAGUUCUACACAUCUGGUUAGCCGGAAGUGACGAAGGAAUGAUCAUAUGAUCGGAAGACCUAGAAUAAUGUGUGAUACAUGUUGCUAUUAUAAAGAGCUGAGAAUCUAUUAUAUUAAGUUUCGAUAGUGUUAAAAUUCAGCAUUUCUGUUUUCGUUUGACAAUAGACUAGUUUUAAUGUAAAAUAAUUAAAAAUGAUAACAAAAAAUAAUGCAAGGACUCGAACUGAUAUCUGGCGUAUUGUGAAAAUUAAAGUAUAAGGACCUACAUAUGUUUUGCCAUAUAAUCGAAAAUAAGUACACAUACAAUUAGGAAAAUAUCAUCAAACUCUACAUUAUUAAACUUUUACUUUUCUGUACGCGAAAAUGUCUUCAAAAGUGGGAUAUUUUCAUAUGAGUCUAAUAAUAAUUGUUAUUGGCUGAAUUUCCUUCGGAUACAUUAAUGCCUUGAAAAAAGGAUGGCGUAAUAAAAUUUUACAUUGUAGAACAAUAUUUUGAAACGUGCAGAACUACCUGAAUACUGCAGAUAUUAAAUUUAAGGUCACCUUUUGUAAUAAACAAAACAAUGUCCAGUGUUCGAAUAAGCACAACAAACACAAUGUGAUAUUUCAACACUGACCAUUUACUGUCUUGUACAUAAGUAAAACUACAACAUUUGAUAAAUGUAAAAGUACAUGUAUAUUACACAAGUUUACUUUUAUUUACAGUCUUAGAUGUGUAAUUCAUAUAUAACAAAAUGUGUCAAAAAUUCAACUGACUUAUUUUCGUGUCCGUAUAAAAGUUACAUUAGCUCUGAGAGAACCUUUCGUUGGACGAUGACAUAACAUUUCUAUUAUACAAUUAUGGAAACAGAAAUUGCAAGGAAUUUAGAGUAGUUGUAAUUUUGACAUUUCGUGAUAGCUUCGAAAUCCUUAUUAGCAUUCCCAACGUUAUUAUUUAUCGGUACUGGACCAAUGUAUUGAUUGCUGGAUUUGAGUAUCCAAAUGUAUAUACGACGAAACUCGGAUUAUAGUAGCUACCUGAUAACUUAAUUUAUUAUUUCAAAUUCACCUGCUAUCGUUCCGUGGGGUCACUGAUAUGGUGACGAUGCAAAAGCUAAAACAGUUACUGUGUUUUUCAAAAGACGUUUCUUUAUAGCCAUUGAAGAUACUAUAUCAAACUGCCUGUUUUAACUUUAUGACCAUCUGAUAUGAACUAAUCAUAUCAAACAUAAUCAAAAGUCACAAAAUAUAUCAGGUAAAUAAGGUCUUGUAUUAGUACGAGUAUAGUUUUUAAUGGUAUGUGUAUGUAACAUAUGUUGUUAUUUUCUUCUCAGUGUUGCUAAUAGCAGUGUAACUAAUGAAAUCCAGAAUAUGUUUAAUCUAGUCAUGUAUUUACUACUUCUAGCAUUGAAUAUUUAUUAUUCUUAUGCUUUAUGUUUGAACUGCUGGUUUCUAAUCAAAUCUGUCAUUACAUUUGUCUUACAAGCACGUGAAAAUACUAUACUAUAAAGUUUAAUUCAAAUUUCAUUCCUCACAAGAUAGUUGAUUGAUUAAGAGAACAUGCGAUCCGAACAUAAACUACGGCCAGGUCAAUCUGACUAAAGUACAUCUCCUAUAACGCUACGCAUAGGAUCUGAGAACGACCUAUUCAUAGCCUCGUUCUGACGACCCUUUCGCUAGCCAAUCAGAGCCUAACUUACAACAUCUUGCAAAUCUACAUGUAGCCUUGACUUUUGAUAUUUACAAUUCUUAUGCCGUAAUGUAUCAGAUAGCCGGCUAGCUCAGUCGGUAGGCUACUUGCUUCGUAAGCGAGAGGUCCCGGGUUCGAGCCCUGGAAUGACUGCACAUUUUUCUUACUCUUUGACAUUCGAACAAGUCGUCUGAUUGGAUAAAAUAAAAAUAGCAAUACUGGAAAUCCAAAAUAUACAGAAGACGAAUCUGAAUGGGUCGUUCUCAGAUCUUCGUUUAGAAGAUCAAGUACUUAAGUCAGAUUGCGGCCAGGUAUACGACAGAUGCCGUCGAUAACUUGAAAUAAAUUGGUUACUAAAGUUACUUUCAUUUAAGUUUGGGCGUGAUUAGAAUUAAAGAUAAAAAUCAUUGAUAGAAUAAGAAGAAAACGUGAAUAAAUUCAUCGUUAUUUUUUUUUAUUUAUUUUUUUUUGCUGUGUUCAUGUUGGCCUUAUUUCUGUAAUUAUAGUUCGAUAAUUUCAUGGCUUUUCACCAGAAACUCAGAAAAAAUGUUGUGAAAAUUUUGUUAUGGACAUUCAAAAUAAAACCUUGCUAUUGA